AUGAAAGAUGGGCCACUCAGCGGCCCUACCGUGAUUUCCGACGAGCGUAAAUUCCAGUCGGCGUCUAUGGUCACAUCAACUUUACAUUCGCCACGAUCGAUCCAGAUACCUGCAAAGUGUUGCCGCUUGGCUGCUCUGAAACACUACGACAAGGAUCUUAGGGUGAUGAUCGCCAAGGGAACAGUUUUCCCUGAUAUAACAGCCUCCGAAGAGAAGCAAGACAAAUUCAUCGCUUCUUUGAUCCCUUUUAUGUCCACCCAUGUUUUUGAUGGCAUAGAUCUAGAUUGGGAAUACCCCAUAGCGGACGACCCCAACGGAAAGCUGGAAGACUUCCAGAACUUCCCCAAAUUCAUGGCAUCCGACCGAAAUCUCCAUCAUUUCGAUUUCGAAGCCCUUGAAAAACAUGUUCCAUUUUUCAAUAUCAUGUAA